CUCGUUGAAUAUUCAGGAGGCGGGAGAGUGGACGCCACGGCCAGCCGCCAUGAAGCUCAAUGUGGACGGGCUGCUGGUCUACUUCCCGUACGACUAUAUCUACCCGGAGCAGUUCUCCUACAUGCUGGAGCUCAAGCGCACGCUGGACGCCAAGGGUCAUGGAGUCCUGGAGAUGCCCUCAGGCACCGGGAAGACAGUGUCCCUACUGGCCUUGAUUGUGGCCUACCAGCGGGCUUAUCCACUGGAAGUGACCAAACUUAUCUACUGCUCACGGACCGUGCCAGAGAUAGAGAAGGUCAUAGAAGAGCUUCGAAAGCUGCUCAGUUUCUACGAGCAACAGGAGGGCGAGAAGCUGCCAUUCUUAGGACUGGCUCUGAGCUCGAGAAAGAACCUGUGUAUUCAUCCAGAGGUGACACCACUGCGCUUUGGGAAGGAUGUGGACGGGAAGUGUCACAGCCUCACAGCGUCCUACGUGCGGGCACAGUACCAUCAGGAUGCCAGCCUGCCUCACUGCCGCUUCUAUGAGGAAUUUGACGCCCAUGGACGCCAGGUGCCCCUCCCGAUGGGCAUCUACAACUUGGAUGACCUGAAGGCCCUGGGGCAGCGGCAGGGCUGGUGCCCCUACUUCCUGGCUCGAUAUUCGAUCCUGCAUGCCAACGUGGUGGUUUACAGCUACCACUACCUCCUGGACCCCAAGAUCGCGGACCUGGUGUCCAAAGAGCUGGCCCGCAAGGCUGUUGUGGUCUUCGAUGAAGCCCACAACAUCGACAAUGUCUGCAUUGAUUCCAUGAGUGUCAACCUCACCCGCAGGACGCUGGACCGUUGUCAGGGCAACCUAGACACCCUGCAGAAGGCAGUGCUCAGGAUCAAGGAGACAGACGAGCAGCGGCUGCGUGAGGAGUACCGGCGCCUGGUGGAGGGGCUGCGGGAGGCCAGUGUGGCCCGGGAGACGGACGCCCACCUGGCCAACCCCGUGCUGCCGGACGAGGUGCUGAAGGAGGCAGUGCCAGGCUCCAUCCGAACUGCUGAGCACUUCCUGGGCUUCCUGCGGCGCUUGCUGGAGUACGUCAAGUGGCGGCUGCGCGUGCAGCACGUGGUGCAGGAGAGUCCCCCUGCCUUCCUGAGCGGCCUGGCCCAGCGUGUGUGCAUCCAGCGCAAGCCCCUCAGGUUCUGUGCUGAGCGCCUCCGAUCCCUGCUACACACCCUGGAGAUCGCUGACCUGACUGACUUCUCCCCACUCACGCUCCUUGCUAACUUCGCCACUCUCGUCAGCACUUAUGCCAAGGGCUUCACCAUUAUCAUCGAGCCCUUUGACGACAGGACCCCCACCAUCACCAACCCCAUCCUGCACUUCAGCUGUAUGGACGCCUCCUUGGCCAUCAAGCCUGUGUUUGAACGCUUCCAGUCCGUCAUCAUCACCUCUGGGACGCUGUCCCCACUGGACAUCUACCCCAAGAUCCUGGACUUCCACCCCGUCACAAUGGCAACCUUCACCAUGACGUUGGCCCGAGUCUGCCUCUGCCCAAUGAUCAUUGGCCGUGGUAAUGACCAGGUGGCCAUCAGCUCCAAAUUUGAGACAAGAGAAGAUAUUGCUGUAAUCCGAAACUAUGGCAACCUCCUGCUAGAGAUGUCUGCUGUGGUCCCCGACGGCAUUGUGGCCUUCUUUACCAGCUACCAAUACAUGGAAAGCACCGUGGCCUCCUGGUAUGAACAGGGCAUCCUUGAGAACAUCCAGAGGAAUAAGCUGCUCUUCAUUGAGACCCAGGAUGGGGCUGAGACCAGUGUGGCCCUGGAGAAGUACCAAGAGGCCUGCGAGAACGGCCGAGGGGCCAUUCUGCUCUCAGUGGCUCGGGGCAAAGUGUCAGAAGGGAUUGACUUUGUGCACCACUAUGGGCGGGCCGUGAUCAUGUUUGGCGUCCCCUAUGUCUACACCCAGAGCCGAAUUCUCAAGGCCCGCCUGGAGUACCUGAGGGACCAGUUCCAGAUCCGAGAGAAUGACUUCCUCACCUUCGAUGCCAUGCGCCACGCAGCCCAGUGUGUGGGGCGCGCCAUCAGGGGCAAGACAGACUAUGGCCUCAUGGUCUUUGCUGACAAGCGGUUUGCUCGGGCCGACAAGCGUGGGAAGCUGCCUCGAUGGAUCCAGGAGCACCUGACGGACUCCAACCUCAACCUGACCGUGGAUGAGGGCGUGCAGGUGGCCAAGUACUUCCUGCGGCAGAUGGCACAGCCCUUCCACCGGGAGGAUCAGCUGGGCCUGUCACUGCUCAGUCUGGAGCAGCUGCAGUCAGAGGAGACGCUACGGCGGAUUGAGCAGAUCGCACAGCAGCUCUGAAGGCAGGACUGCGGCGUGGUGCCUGUGGCUCCCUGGAAGGUCCCAGGGCCCACAGGCAAACACCCAGCGCCAGUGUACAGCCUUUAAUUGCAGGGAGGCUAGCAGGACCCCGAUGCGCAGGUGCAGCGCGGGGGACCACCCACCACCCUUCCCUGAGAAGCUGGCCGCUCCAGCUGGUCCACUUAGCGCGGGCUCAGGUCCUGCGUGCUGGCGCUGAGGGUCCGAGGGGCGUCACUCAGGUGCCGAGUUGAGAGCUGGGGACAGGCACAGGAGUGGUUGGAGUUCUUUUCCAGUUGACCCUGGGGCCAUCUCAUGCCCCGACCCACUAACUGGCUCUUGAGUCCUCAGGAGAAAGCCCCACCUUUCCUGUCUCGCUGAGCCUGUCACCGGCCCCCUCACCUGCGUACUGGCCGCCCUGGGGCCAUCCACGUUCAGCAUAUUAAGGGACAUGGCUCUCUUCAUCCUUCAGAGGAGGCCAAGGAGACAGGAGUGAGUCAGGGAAGGACUACAGCACCCUGGCUGACCAGCGUCACAGAGAGAGAUGCCACAGAAGGUACACGACAGACUACUGACCUCGCCCAGCACUCACCCUGCAGCCCCUGCCAUGCCCUGGCCUCGGAGGCGGGAGACCAGCUUCUCACUUCCGCGCCGGAUAGACUCUCGGAGCUUGGAGAAGGAGCUGCUCCUACGUAGGACCUAGGAGGGAGGCACAGUGACAUGUGGGGGCCACAUAGACCAGGCCCAACAAGGACCUGAAGGCAGAGCCUGCUUACUUGUUGCUGUGCUUCGCCGGCUGUGCCUGCAGGGGGCGCUCCUGUGGGAGAGAAGGGCCAUGAAGGUGGGCCUGAUGGACACCACACAGGAGGGUGGGCAGGAGGGAGUAGGGGGUCGGCUCACCAAGUGGGGCAGGCAGGGCCUCCUGGCUGAGGAUCUCCUUGUACAGCUCCUCUGCCUGCUGGUACUUGUUCUGCUUCAGGUAGGCUGAGGCCUGCAGGGAGGGCCGGGGCAGGGUGUGGACCUCUUGUUGAGACCUGGGAACUUCUCAGACCUGCCUGCCUUCCCCAGCAUCCUGCCUCGGCUUACUACAGUGCAGAGCACUGGCCUGAAGGCCAGACCGCUUGCCACUGAGCCCCACCUCUGUGCCUCUGUCUCCCACCUCAGUGGGUGAAGGGUUAGCGGGCGCCCACCACGACCACAAUAAAGCUUGGCACAGGAUUCUGUGA